AGAGGCCUUGAUAAAGCAGUUGCGAAGCCAACCUCAGCUGUUUUUUCCAUCCUCCCGGAGCUGGGAGUUAAUUAGCAUAGGGAAAAUGACUAAAGUGUUGACGUCACCUCUUUCCAGUAGAAGCUGACACUUUGUCCCUGUCUGCCUGCAAGCAUUAGGGACUUGACUCAGGAUUUGCUGUCCAAACAGGAUGCUCUUGAAGCUGUGCCGGUUGUGUGUUUUUUUUUUUCCCCUUCCCUCCCAGGGGGUUGGCCCUGGGUGCUUUAUAAGGGCUGGCUCCAGGAAGAACUCACGGACUGCCCUCUCGCUAAGGAAGGAGCCGGCAUCCAGCCGCCUGUGUGUGUGUCUCUACCCAUAAAGGAAGCGAGAUGCACUUUAGAAACUUUGACUACAGCUUUAGCUCCCUGGUUGCCUGUGUGGUAAACAGUGAGAUCUUCAGCGAAAGUGAAACCAGGGCCAAAUUUGAGUCCCUCUUCAGGACCUACGACAAGGAUAUCACCUUCCAGUAUUUCAAGAGCUUUAAGCGAGUCCGGAUAAACUUCAGCAACCCCUUGUCGGCAGCAGACGCGAGGCUCCGGCUGCACAAGACGGAAUUUCUUGGGAAGGAAAUGAAGCUGUAUUUUGCCCAGACGCUACACAUAGGCAGCUCACACCUGGCCCCGCCCAACCCAGACAAGCAGUUCCUCAUCUCUCCGCCCGCCUCUCCACCAGUUGGUUGGAAGCAAGUGGAGGAUGCUACGCCAGUCAUAAACUAUGAUCUCUUAUAUGCUAUCUCCAAGCUGGGGCCAGGGGGGAAGUAUGAACUGCACGCGGCCACCGACACCACCCCCAGCGUGGUGGUCCAUGUAUGUGAGAGCGACCAAGAGAACGAGGAGGACGAGGAGAUGGAAAGAAUGAAGAGACCCAAACCCAAGAUUAUCCAGACCAGGAGGCCCGAGUACACGCCCAUCCACCUGGGCUGAGCCGGCGCAGGGACGGAGAUGCAUCCGAGUCAUGCUCAACGGGGCAGGGUCAUUUACUGUGCCAGUCGCCGGUGCACACAACCUUGGAGGUGGCAGCCGUGACCGCCGCCACAGAAAAUUCCAGUUCAUGUUGCUCAGAAGAGAUUCGAGGCUUUGUCUCUUUGUGUCAGUGCCGCUGCCCCAGUCUGUGUGCGUGGCACCCAGGAGCGUCUGGGGCCACCCACCAAGUUCGUGGUGAUCGCACACGGACGUUUGGGGACGUCUUGAAAAAGCCGGUCACAGUAGUGUUCUUCUCUUGUUCUUUCCUGGUAGGUUCUGUUUUUUGCCAAGGGCAGGCAGAUCUUGGGUCUGGGGGAGCUUUCGGUUCCAAGCAGCCUGUGGGCAGAUGCCCCUCCCCGCAGGAAGGAGCUCCACGCCAAACCACCAGGUGUCCUCGCCGGCAGGAGAGGUUGUGAGAGCAGCCACAAUGCCAUUUUCUGCCUCAUGGUCUACUGUCUGUGCAUGUAUAUUUUAUGAUCUUUGAGACUAACCCUUGUCCGUGUAGGAAGUUAUGCUGUUGUCAUUUUAUACCCUUUGCGGAAGCUGGGAAAGCAUUGGAGAAGCAUCACCUUUUCGGAUCCUGAACUCUUCGCAGCAGCAUUCCUAUGCAGAAUGCCACCUGUGGUACAUUUAUGUGCUUUUGCAAAAACAACAACAAAAAAAGUGGAUCUGAUUCACAUGCAGAGUUUAGCUCUUGCAGUAAAAGGGCAACAGCAGUUUCACUGCCAAUUUUGAGUGGGUGCGAAAUUUUAGUUCAGGUGUUUGGGGUCAGGUAUCGGUCUUGAUCGCUUCUUUUAUGUGGUAGCGUGUGAACAUGAAUCAUAGCCAAAAACCUUCUUGGGAACUGCUGACUGAGAGAGUUGAUUUUUUUUUCACCCCAGACAAAAUACCAAUAUAAACGUGUACAUAAAGCUGAGAGCAUCCGUUCCUGCCUGUUGUAUCUUCGGGUGAAAAAAAAAUACAUACAUAUGGCAGUGGGAGACUAGAAGACAUUAACCUACCUGUGAAUUGUAUGUCAUAGAAAUGUGUAAUGGGAUUGAGCUCAAAGCAUGUCAAGUGGCUAGUAGCUGUGUGUUGCUAGGAGAGGGAUGCAGUGCCUUUUCCCAUGAAUUCCUGAUGGAAUUGUUACACCAGAUAGACAUUUGUAAUUCUUUUCUAGUUGUAAUGUGAACGUCUGGUAAAUAGCUAUUAUAUUUUGGCCUUACAAUACCGUAACAAGAAUUUGCCAUUUUGAAAUGCCCAAUGCCAAGUAACAAUGCAUGCUUUGGAAAUUUGGAAGAUGGUUCUCUCUUUGGGAAGAAAAUGCGUUUGCAUUGAGUUCUUUGAUGGUUCAUGUCAAGACAUCCACUGAAUGUUCUCCACACCCUGUUUACAGCCCUGAGUAGGAGGGAGCCGGUGACGGGAAGAGACCUUUGCAUAGCUGUUCAAGUGUUUCUGGUUAAGUGCUUUUAAACUGGAGAGGUGAACCUCAAACUAUUUUUUUUUAACUGCAUUCUCUAAUAAAUCAGCACAAUUCGCUCCU